AUGAGAAAUUUGCAGCUUCUCGCUGCAUUUUUCCUUUUCUUCGGAUCCAUUGAUUCUCUAAGUUCACUUCGGCAGGAUUAUCCGGUAGCGAUUCAAAGAAUUCGAGACGCAAUCGUAGCAUAUGAUCGUGAUGCCCUUAAAGAUCUAUUCACUUCAGACUUCAAAUUGAGACUGGGGUAUAAAAAUGUGAGCGCUGAUGGAACGAUUGAUUGGCUGUUGGAUCGGAAAAAUCACUCGGCAUUUCACAGUUUGGCAAUCACAACCAAUCCCAAUUAUUAUGCUUCAAGAUUGUCAUUCAAAAGAACACCAAUCCAAUUGAUUAUCUAUGUUCAAAAAUCGAAUGGAAAGAUCUCCGAAGCAGCGAUGCAGCGAUCCAGCGAGGUUCCAGAAGAAGAUGCUGAUACACGUCCAACAGAUUUAGAAGAGUUUCGCAGAAAAGUUGUUGAGGCGGUGAACGAGAAGAACAAAACGAGAAUCAGGGAAUUGAUGGGUAGUGGAUAUGUGACAAAUCUCAGCCCUGAAGGUUGGUUAGAUCGAUUAGAGAGCAUGUAGAAUUGAGAGACACAGAGAAAUCAGAGAGCUAGAGACGCAGAGAAACUGGCCGCUGAAGCGGAAGCUUGCGGUUUACACUCGCUUCGCUCGGCUAGAGAGCAUGUAGAAUUGAGAGACACAGAUAUGGUAGAUAGCUAGAGACGCAGAGAAACUGGCCGCUGAAGCAGAAGCUUGCGGUUUACACUCGCUUCGCUCGAUUAGAGAGCAUGUAGAAUUGAGAGACACAGACAUCGCUUCGAGAUAUUUGUGAGAAAAUGUGUGUUCCUUUGAAAUUUGAAAAAAAACCGUGCUUAAUUUUUUUGAAGAAAUAACUCGCCACGAAAUAUAUUUUCGCGAUAUUUUUGUAAAAUACUACUGACUCAACGGGCGCCAUGUAUGAGGUAUCAGAGUGCUAGAGACGCAGAGGGAUAGUUUCCCUGUGUCUCUCAAUUCUACAUGUUCUCUAAUCGAGCGGAGCGACUGUGAGGCGCGCGCCAAAAGUUAGCCCAACUUUAAUUUUUCAGAAAAACUUCUCAACGCCUUCACUUUGAGAAAACUCUUCAAUUCGAGUCUCAUUAGAUCAUCCGUCGACAAUUCAUUCGAUAUUAUUUUGCUUUACGAAAAUGGCCGAACUAUUCGCAUCCAUGGACUGGUCUACAAAAAUGACAAACCAAUUGAAGUGACGUAUAUUGGUGCGUUCAACCCGUCAACGACAACUUCAACUUCAACAACCACAACUACACCCAGACCACCACCAACGACAACUUCAACCACCACAACUACACCUAGACCACCACCAACUGAAACAACACCUGUGGUGGACCCAGUCCACGUCUUCCACGAUGCUUUGAUUCGCGCGGUUUACCAGAAAGAUCGCAAAGACGUUCACGAUCUUCUGAUCACUUAUAAUUCAACUGAUUUGAAUGAGAAAGUUAAAGAAAUCAUCUCGCAUGAUUUGGAAAGAUCUCGCAUCGAAACAUCGAACAAUAAGUUCACAAUCGCACUUGAAUACAAGGAUGGUACGGUUAUUAAAGUUCAAGGAAGAUUGGUUGAUGGUCAAAUUUAUAUCAGGAAAAUUUAUUUGGUAAAGAAUCCGACGGUGAUUACAUCUAAGCCAGUUCAGACUACACCCAAACCAAUUCUAUCAGGUGCGAAAUUCUACGAGGAAUUGGUGAAAGCUAUCAAGAAAUCGGAUAGAAAUCGAGUUGAAGUGUUGAUUGGAACCAAGUAUACAACGAAUUCUACAGCAACUAAAGGUGGGUGUCAGAGUGGAGUGUUGUAGUUAGGUAUCUCGAAAUUCCAGAAGAACUUCUUGAUAAAUUCAUCGGUAAUCUCGAACACCACAGUUACAAAAUCUAUGGAUUUGGAUCAUUCAGAAUUGUACUUCAAUACAAAUCUAAGCUCGAAAUACAAAUCACUGGCUAUCGCGGUGAUUCAAGUAACAUUCAUAUAACAAUCGGAAAAGUUGAUCCAUAUCCGGUUGAUGAAGAUCCAACAAGACAUCCAGAAGAGUUCUAUAAGAAGUUGGUUGCUGCUAUUAAGAAAAAAGACGAGCGAAAAGUUAGACAAACUUUGGGAAAAAAUUAUAAGACAAAUGUGAAAACUGAGCAAAUUCUUCUGAAGGAAUUCACACAAGAUUUGGAAAGCUCAAUAUUCAAUAAAACUGGGAAUUUUGUUAUUGAAUUGAUCUACACAUCUGGAACUACAAUCACAAUUCGUGCACAAAGAAUGGCAGAUACUGAAUACAGUCAUGUACUUACAAUCACUGUCAAUAAGCCUGAGAAAAUUCCAGUGGACGCUAGAAAGUUCUACGAGUUGUUGGUGAAGGCAAUCAGGGAGAAGAAGGCGAAUUUGGUGAAGAGAUUGAUUGGAGAGCGCUAUAAGGUCAAUGUUGAUAGAAGUAAGUUAGAAACAUAGAGAAAUCAGACAGCUAGAGACGCAGAGAAACUGGCCGCUGACGCGGACGCUUGCGGUCUUUACUCUCCACGCUCGAGCGCUUUGCGCGAGUGUAAACUGUGUCAUAGCAAUCCACGUGGUCGCCAAAGCGGAAGAGAGUGCCGCUCACGCUUGCAGAAUUCAUUAGAUAUUGAAUUAUGUUCCAGAAAAAGUCAUCGAAUAUCUUCUGCAAGAUUUGAAAACAAAUUCAUUCAGACAAGUGUAUGAUUUUGAUUUUGAAGUACAUCUCGAUUACUCGAAUGGUCAACGAAUUAUUGUGAAACUAUCGGAAACUGAUUUUGGUGAACUACGUGUAAAUGUUGACGAAAUUCGUGUUCUCAUCAAAGGAAUCACUGCUCGAUAUAUAUUUGAGCAAAUUCGAACAGCUGUUCAAACUCAAGAUAGACCAUUCCUAAAUUAUUUGAUCGGAUAUGCUGAUACUAAAAACCAUGAUGCUGAAAAUGUUUUGUUAAGUUCUAAAGGAAAUAUCAGCGAUAGUAAAUAUACCAGCCAUCCAGGAAAAUUCGAAUUUUAUAUUACUUUAUCAAAUGGCAAGAAGGUUGUGUUUAGUGGAAUUGAUACUGGAAUUGGAAAAGAAGUUCAUAUCGAUUCGAUUCAAAUUAUCGAUGGAACUACGACUCCCAAAGUAACAACUGCGACAACUGUGCCAGUCACAACACCUAGAAGACCUGAGAGUCCAGAAGAGUUUUAUAAAUUAUUGGUGAAAGCGAUCAGGGAGAAGGAUGAAAAAUCGGUGGGAGGAUUGAUUGGGAAUCAUUAUAAAACUAAUGUUGAUAGAAGUAAGUCCUACGAAAAAAAGAAGACACUCAAAAACCAGAAAACAAAAAAAAUAAAAGUAAAAGAACGAUACUCCGCGUGCCCGUUUUUUAGCGUGAAAUAUUUCAGUUUGUUUUCAAAUACUUCAAUAAAAUCUUGAAAUAAAUCCUCAUAAUAAUUUAAAAACAACUUUCCUUUAGUAAUUUUCAAUAAAAACUUUACCCAGUGUAGUUCUAAUAUCACCUCCUGUUAGUUCUAUCCCCCACCCCGCAACCCCAAAAUAAACUAACUUGACUGGGGCCCGUUCCGUGAGAAGUUGUUGAUCGUCCUGUCCAAACGAAACAUCUUCGGAAUCCUGAAACUUCUACAUUCUUAAAAUGUUCGCCAAUUCUUAUUCUUAAACUCACAUCAAAAAAUGAAAAUUGUGGAUUUGUUGGAAUUUUACUCCUGCAUUCGGUGACGGUUGUCUCUGAAAAAUAAGAACAUUAAAAAAUCUAAUUUAAAUAAAAGUAAAUUUAUCAAAUUCAAAGGGAAAUAACACUCUUUGCGCAGUUCACACUCAAAAACCAGAAAAAAAUAAAAAAGACGCGAAAAAAAAGAAAGCGAAACAACGAUACUCCGCGUGCUUGUUGUUUAGCGUGUUUGUUUUGUUUGCUUUCUUUUUGCCGGGUGAAUGAGAGAGUGUGGGAAAUGGAGAGAGGGUAGAGAGAGAGAAAGAGAGAGAUUAUUGAUCGCGUUUUAGAAAAAAUGUAGAAAUUUUCCAGAAUCGGUCAUCAAAUACCUCAUCGGAGAUCUGAAUAACAGCACAAUGAAAGACAGAUCGACUCACGCCAUAAUCACUCUUGAUUACGCAAAUCAUCAAAGAAUCAUUGUUAAUAUGGUGGUGAAUGAUUUCGGUACAAGAUUCGUCCGUGUUGUGGAAAUUCGAGUUUUCCUUAAACCGGAAAGUGGAGAGCAAUUAUUUGAAGAAUUGGGUAAAGCUAUCAAGAAUAAGGAUCAGGUGUAUACAUAUUAUUUGAUUCGAUUGUUCAAAACUGAAGAAGAAAGUAACAAUGUUGUGAAAGUUCUUUUGAGUUCAGGAAGUGUGAUUGGAAGUGACUAUCAACCUUGGAGUUGGGGCGAAUUCAGGUUCUAUUUUGAUUUUUCAAACGGGAAACGAGUUAUAUUUGAUGGAAGUAAAUCGGAUCAUAGAAAUGAGAUUUCCAUAGAAAGUAUCAAGAUAGUUAUUCUACAAGAUGUUCAGGAUGGAAAAGAUUUAAGGAAAAUAAGAGUGAAAUUCGAGGGAGCUAUCAGAACGAACAAUACAAAUGCGUUGAAUGUUUUGAUUGACAAGGAUUUCAAGAUGAUUUAUGAUCAAGAAGAAUCGCAAUCGAAUAAACAACGGAUUAUUCGAGCACUUUUGGAGAAAACAUUGAGAAUUGAGGUGAGCCGGUCGAGUGUAGCGAGUGUAAACCGGAAGCUUCCGCGCCAGCGGCACUAUCUUCCGCUUUAGCGGCCACGUAGAUUGCAAUUAACACGUCAUAACAAUCCGCGUGGCCGCUUCGCGGAAUCUUGCGGUCGCGCAGAGCGCUCGAGCAUAUAAACCCAGAUUUUUUCCAGGACAUCGAAUUCAACAAAAAACUCACCCGUGAUGCUCCAUACUACGUAACAGUUCACGGUGUUUUGACGAAAAAUGGGCAAUCUGGAAACUUCGAGGCAUCAUUCAACAAAGGAAAAUCAGAACAUGAUUUGAUUUUGAUGAGAGCCAAGUAUGAGAAGGAUAUUAUAAGAAGAAAAAGUGCUCAGCAUUGA